UAUAGACCACGUAACGAGAGUAGCAGGCGACUGGAGUUUUAACGAAGAAGUGGCUCGUAGCACCACUUAUGAGGUGGUACCGAAAAGUCCGAAAUCGGCAAGAAAGUGUAGAAUGUUUGCACAGACUACUUUGCGGUGGCAUGCUCACAAAGGAAAGGUGAAAUGCUAUGUUCGUGUAGUUUUUGGGUGGAAUGCUCGUAGGGAAAAGGGUAAAAUGCUUUGUUCAUAG